CUUACUCGAACAGGCCGUACAGAUCCGCCGUCUGUCAAGCACCAUGGCCCAACGAUCCUCCCUCAAUUUUCUCAUCACCGGCGCGGGCCGCGGCAUCGGUCGGGGCCUGACCCGCCUCCUACUAGCCAAGGGCCACCGCGUGUUCCUCAUCGACAACAACAAGACAGAGCUGGACCACCUCGUGUCCGCACACCUGGCCCCGUCUUACCCCAACACUGCCUUCCAGGCGUCACUCACCGACCUCCGCAACCCCACUGCGAUCCGCGACGCCGUCUCGCACGCCGCCGUCUUCUUCGACCGCAGGCUCGACGUGCUCAUCAACAACGCGGCGCUGACGGGCACGGUGGGCCACAGUGCUGCCGAAGGGCAGCGGUUCGAGGACAUGUCAUUGGACGUCUGGAACGCCUCCCUCGAGACGAACCUGACCGCGCCCAUGCUGCUGAGCCAGGCGUGCGUGGAGCUGCUCCGGCGGCAGGGCGGCGCGGGGUGGGACGGCAGCGGAGGCACGAUUAUUCACAUGUCCUCGACACGGGCGAGGCAGAGCGAGCCGUUGAGUGAGGCCUAUGCCGCGACCAAGGCGGGGCUGAUCGGGCUUACGCAUGCGAUGGCGGCGAGCCUGGCGGACGACGGGAUCACGGUGAAUACGAUCCUGCCCGGGUGGAUCAAUGUGGCGCAGGAGUGCAAGCGGGCAGACGAGGAGGGACUGAAGUGGGAGGAUGAGUUGAGCGAGGAGGAUCACAAGUGGCACUUUACUGGCAGGGUAGGGAAAGUAGAGGACGUGCUGGGUGCGGUUGAGUUUUUGGUGAGGGAGAGAUUUGUCAAUGGGACGGAGAUCGUGUUAGAUGGUGGUGUGACUAGGAAGAUGGUUUAUCCUGAGUAAAGAAGUAGGCCUGGAGUUGCACAGGCAAGUAGUAUUCCGUGAGUUGACAUCCUCUUCACACAUUG